CUGAGCGGCAGUCUGUUUUCCGCCGGAGCGUCAAGAGGAGCGCAGGAGCGGCAGAGCGAUGCUGAGAGCGCGGCAGGAUGUAUUUCACCUCCCUGUACUCGUGGUUCUGGACUGCCCGAACUCUCCGAACCUUUCUCGUCCUGCAGCUCCUUCUUGUUCCACAGUGCCACCUCCAUCCACAGCCUUGCCACCUCCUGGCGCAGAUCGGACACGCAGUGCGCGUCGGUGCGCUCUUGCCGGCGCAGCGGGACGCUCGCGUCCAGGUCCAGGCGGCGCUGAACCGGGCAGCUGCCGCUCUCAGUCGGGACAAGGAUCGGGACCGAGACCCGGACCCCGAGCGGGUGAACUUCCUGCCCUACAACCUGAGCCUGGAUCUGGUGUCCCGGCAGCUGGCGGCGGCGGACCCGGAGUCUCUGAUCCGGUGCGCGUGUCAGCGCGUGUUGGUGGAAGGAGUGUCUGCCGCGCUCGCCUUCCCACAGACCCGCGAGGAGCUCCUCCAGGUGGACCUGCUGGCUUCGGUUCUACAGGUCCCAAUCAUCAGCGUCAUCGAGGACGCGGAGCCACUGCGCAUGCAGAACCAGUUCCACCUCCAGAUGGUAACCGGAGUUCAAGAGUCAGCUCUGUCUGAUCUUCUGCUGACGGUUCUGCAGCGGUCUGGUUGGAAGGAAGGGACUGUGGUUCUUUGCCGAGGCUGGGAGGAGGCAGGUGGUCUCCUACGGUUCCUAGACUCACAGCCCUUUGCUUCGUGGGAUGGUGCUGGCCCAGUUACCUGGCGACUACAAGCCCUGCUGAAUCUGACGCAGUCAGCCCACGAUGACACCCAGAUCCAUGACUUCUUGUCCCGACAUUUCAAUCAGAACCAGCCCCCACCUGCUUCGGUACUGCUGUUUGGAGCGGACCCAGAAUGUGCUGCUGCAGUGCUGCGCAGUGCUCAGGACCUUGGCCUGACCUUACCCACAGUGCAUUGGGUUCUGGGCCAGCCACUUAGCCCCGAUGUGCUGCACACCAUUGGCCUACCGCUCGGCCUGCUCGCUUACGGAGAAGUCAACCGGAAGCCCCUCGACUUUUACAUCAAAGAUGCCCUGCAGCUCAUCACAAGAGCUGUUGCUGCAGCUUCAAUGGAGAGACCGGACCUGGCUCUGGUCCAGAAUACUGGGAGCUGCUACCACACACAAGAAGCAGCAACAUCAGGCCAGUACCUUUCCAGGUUCUUGGCAAACAUCUCCUUCUCCGGACUCACUGGUCCGGUUCGAGUUGAUCACAACUGUUCUCUGGUGCUGACCCAGCAGCGGUUCCACAUCUGGAGCCUGCGUCGGGAUCCACUGGGGCAGCCCGCUUGGGUGACGGUUGGCAGCUGGGAGGGGGGCCAGCUGCAGGUUGAGGACCAGGAAGUGUGGCAGGGUCCUAAACCCCGACGCCGGAUAGAGUCGUUCAGUGGGAGGAGCGGAGGCCGCUGGCGGCCCGGGAUGCCUGUGGCGGGGACUCGGGUCCGGGUGGUGACCCUGGUGGAGCAUCCCUUCGUUUUCACAAGGGAUGUGGACGCUGAUGCUAGCUGCCCUGCAGGCCAGUUCUGCCUCGACGCUGAAACUAACAAUUCAGAGAUUCUGGAGCAGUACUUCAGGGAGUUGGCAGCUGGGAACGGCAGCUCACUGCCUCUGGAAUAUAAGAAGUGUUGCUAUGGUUACUGCAUUGACCUCUUGGAGAAGCUUGCCGAGGACCUAGGCUUCGACUUCGACCUUUAUAUCGUUGGAGAUGGAAAGUACGGUGCAUGGAAAGGGGGUCGCUGGACUGGGCUGGUGGGGGAUCUCCUGAAUGGUCUGGCAGACAUGGCCGUCACCUCCUUCAGCAUCAACUCUGCCCGCAGCCGCGUGAUUGACUUCACCUCGCCUUUCUUCUCGACAAGUCUGGGCAUUCUGGUACGCAGUAAGGACACCGCAGCUCCCAUUGGUGCCUUCAUGUGGCCCCUGCAUUGGUCAAUGUGGGUGGGUAUCUUCUUGGCGCUUCACAUCACGGCGCUCUUCUUGACUCUGUAUGAGUGGAAGAGCCCAUUUGGGAUGACGCCUCAUGGUCGCAAUAGGAUGAGGGUGUUCUCCUAUUCUUCUGCUUUGAAUCUGUGCUAUGCCAUCCUGUUUGGGCGCACUGUGUCAUCCAAGACUCCAAAGUGUUGGACAGGCCGCUUUCUGAUGAACCUGUGGGCUAUCUUCUGCCUGCUGGUACUGUCCAGCUACACUGCCAACCUCGCCGCCGUCAUGGUGGGGGAAAAGACCUUUGAGGAGGUCUCAGGAAUCCAUGAUACCAAGUUGCACCACCCAUCACAUGGCUUCCGCUUUGGUACGGUGAGAGAGAGCAGCGCGGAAGAUUACAUGAAGAAGAGCUUCCCAGAAAUGCACGAGUACAUGCGACGCUUCAACGAACCGACAACGCCUGACGGUGUUGCCACCCUAAAGACAGAUCCUCCUCAGUUGGAUGCCUUCAUCAUGGACAAAGCCCUCCUGGAUUACGAAGUUUCCAUCGAUGCAGACUGUAAACUGGCAACCGUUGGGAAACCCUUCGCCAUCGAAGGUUACGGUAUCGGACUACCCCAGAACUCUCCUCUGAGUUCCAACAUCUCUGAGUUCAUCAGCAGGUACAAGUCAGAAGGUUACAUGGACUUGCUGCAUGACAAGUGGUACAAAGUAGUUCCUUGUGGGAACCGAGUAUUCGCCGUCACAGAGACUCUGCAGAUGGGCAUCAGUCACUUCUCAGGACUCUUUGUAUUGCUGUGUGUUGGAGUGAGCGGAGCUCUGCUGACCCUCGCGGGUGAACAUGGAUUUUAUCGACUCGUCCUGCCGCACAUCCGCCGCCGACAGAACCUAAAGUACUGGCUGCACACCUCCCAGAAAAUCCACCGAGCUCUCAACAUGACGUAUGAGGAUGUUAAAAAGCAGCGAGCUGAGAAAGAGAAAAGCUGUAACCUGGAGAAGCCCCAGACAGCUCACAGUAACCCUGUUACAUUAGGCCCCCCGGGGCCCCCAGCCUGUGCUGCAACUGCCAAAUGGAAUAAUGAAACCAGUAAGGACGGUCCAGCUGCUCCAGAUGCUCGAGAUUUCAAGCGGGUCCACUUCAGCCUGGAGACCCUCAACACCCGGCGCCUUCUUGCUCGUCUUGCAGCCUCAGAAGCAAAGGGGGCCGGGGCCAAAGGUGACGUGGAGGAGCCCAUAAAGCCAAAGGGGGGCCCAACCAGCAGGUUGUGUGAGAAUGGAGGCCCGGCAGCUUCUUUGGCCAGUUUGGUGCUCUCCUUACCCUCCUCCUCCUCUGCUAAACUCAACACACCUCUAUCUGCUGCUUCAGCCCCCCCAUCUGUAGCUAAAGCCCCUCCCCUUUCUGCUGUCACUGCUCCUCCAGUAUCUACAACCCCUUCCAUCCCGGCUCCUCCCCAGCCUGGAGAGCUGCAGGAGCUGCAGGAACAAAUCGAGCAGAUGAGGGAGAAGCUGAGAGUCGCUUUGGCUCGGAGGGCUGAGAUCCAGACCACUUUGGCCAAACCCGUUUCUACGGUUACAACCAACCCAGUGCCAGAACAGAUAACUACAACAGGGAACCCCCCCAAACCCUUACCAACCAUCACCACAACAACAAGUGUUUCUCCUGACAAGAAGAGUGUCACAACCAUGACGGUGCCCCCCCACAAGGUGCUGUCCAAAGUUCAGCCCCUCCGCAGCAGAUUGUCCAAUCAGAGGAGGUGAUGCAUUCCCCGGCUUCCACUGGACUGAGAGAAAAAGACAGAUUUUAUUCUGAAAUGACAUUGUUUAAAUGAGAAACCAGCACAAAGAUGUUAUGAAAGCAGCUUGCAUCCAUCACCUUAUUCAUUGCUGCUGAGACUCUUGGUUAAAUAUUUUAUUUUUUUAAACGGUUGCUUUAAUUUUAUUAAAACUGUUUUCACUUCAUGUUUAAAAUUGUUUCUGUAAGGAUAUCUGAAAAAGAGAACAAGCCGUUUCAGUCGGAAUGAAUAAUAAAAGCCUCAGGACCAGGAUGUGGAUCCUGAGGAACUCCACCUUUAACAAACUGUCUUUUUAUAUUUGGUUGGUUGAGCUCAAAUAUGCAAACAUGAAAACAAAUGUUGCUGAAUAUAUC